UAAUUCUCGCUUUGUUUUGUUCCAGAAUUCCAGAGGCACUGCUUCUCUGUUGAAGGAUAGUAUCCCAUUUACUGAAUUCUCAGCUUCAGGGCCAUUUGAAGGUCAUGAUCUUCUGCGCAGAGGUUUUACAAGUGUGAAAAAUGAAUUGUUGCCCAGCCACCCACUGGAGUUGACAGAAAAGAAUUUCCAGUUAAAUCAAGAUAAAACAAACUUUGCCACGCUGAGAAAUAUUCAAGGACUCCAUGCACCUUUAAAGCUGCAGAUGGAAUUCAGAGCAGUGAAACAGGUCCAGCGUCUUCCAUUUCUUCACAGUUCAAACAUGGCCCUGGAUACUUUGAGGGGAAAUGAUGAAUCCAUUGGUUUUGAGGAUAUCCUUAAUGAUCCUUCACAGAGUGAGGUUAUGGGAGAACCACACAUGAUGAUGGAGUACAAGCUGGGUUUAUUGUAACAAAAUAUCCUCCACAAAAAUGUUUUGUGUGUGUCCUUAUACUGCAGGUUUAAAAAUACAUGAUGCUAAAUUGACACUCAGUGUUAAGCAGUCCUACAGUUAUCACUUGCCUUCCUUGAUGAAAAGGCACAUUAAAUGUCUAAGUCUAUAAAUUGUUCUGUGCUUGUUGUCAAUUGUAUGAAUGUCCUGUAACUAGGUACUUCGAAUAAUGUCUUUUCAUACACUGCUCAGGACAAUAGCUUCUUAAAUAUGGAAAUGCUAUAUAUGUGUACAUGAAAUCCAAAAAUACCCAUGCAUUUUAAAACUGAUAACUGUAGGUAAAUGCAUUUAAUGGAUGUUCUUGCAGAAGAACUGAAGAGGGAAAGGAAGGUAUUUUCCUUUGAGUAACUCAUUGUGCAUGAAAGUUUCCAUACACUUUUUAAACUAUUGAAUAAAAGUUUGCUAUAAAUGCU